GCCACCAAAGAAUCAAUCACCUGCUACAUCACACCACCGUCGCACCAUGGCUGAGCCCACCGCCACCACUGCUACUCGUCCCCUCAAAGUCAUUGCUGGGGCGGAUUCGUUCGGCGCCGAACUGAAGGAUGCUAUGGUCGCUCACCUCCGCUCUCUCAACGUUGAUGUCGAGGACCUCGGUACCACCUCUUACUACAACGUCGGCGCGGAGGUAGGUCGCCGCGUCUCUUCCUCUGCUUCAGCUGAUUCCAAGGUUGAAACUCGCGGCCUUCUGGCUUGCGGUACCGGCGUCGGUGUGGCCAUCUUUGCUAACAAGUUCCCUGGCGUUUACGCGACCACCUGCACAAACCCUGCUGAUGCCCACGACACCCGUUCCAUCAACAACUGCAAUGUUCUCGCUCUCUCUGGGAAGUAUACCCCCGUGGAGAAAGCAGUUGAAAUCCUCACAACUUGGCUUGACACCCCCUUCAAAUCUCCCUGCCCUGCAUCUGGGUCUCAGCCCUGGCCACAAGAAAUUGCUGAUUUCUUCGAUCAAUCGCUUGUUGACAUGCCAAAAAUCGGUGCCCAACAAGAAUCAGAAGUCGAUUCUUGUGCUAUCUGUUGCCUGGUGAAAAACAGGGAACUGAAUCCCAUCGAUAUGAUUCCGGGUGGAUCAAUGAAGAUAUUGAGGGAGAGUCCCACAUCUGCUUUUGUUAGGUUUAAGGCAGGAAGCGUGGAGCCGGCACAUCACCAUACUUUUGGACAUGAUUUGGUUGUAACAAAAGGGAAGAAGAGUGUGUGGAAUUUGACUAAAGAGGCGAGGUACGAUUUGGUUGACGGGGAUUACUUGUUUACACCGGCUGGGGAUGUGCACAGGGUGAAGUAUUAUGAAGACACAGAGUUCUUCAUCAAGUGGGAUGGGCACUGGGAUAUGUUCUUUGACGAAGAUCUUGAGACUGCCAAGAGUGCUAUUGAGAAGGAACUGGCUAAUGGGUCUGUGAGAUUCUGAGAAAAUACUCAUGUUGGGUCUUCACAUUUCUGCAUGCUGCAUAUAUGUUUCUAUGUUGUGUGAUAUGUCUUUUUCCAUUGUUGUGAAUGUUUGCUUUUUGGUGAUAGUGUCUAAGUAUGCAACUUGAAGAGGAUGAUGCUCCAGGCUAGCGGGAGGAAGAAAUAAAGGGUCUGUAGUCUGUGUAACAGAACAAGUAUGUACGAUAAAUGAGCUUACCUUUACUUAUGAAUGUUACAUUUCCCAUGUUAUAUAUAUCAGCUCUGCUCUUUUUGCUUUAUUUGUGAUGUUAGUUGUCUGCUAUGGUGCAUAUUCUUUAUUGUUUACUUAUUCAGUAGCUUCAUAAAUGAUAAUACUGCUA